AUGUCAUCGGUCAAGCAUUGGAGGUUUGUCGCGCAGGUAUGUUUCGGAUUUCUGAUUUCUGGAUGCGGCUUCGUACUAACCGGAAUGCUGCUGGACACCGUCCAGGUAAGUCUGCCCCAAAUUUGUGCUUUGCUUCCAGCACUUCUGGGUCUGAAAGGAAACCUGGAAAUGACUCUGGUAUCGCGACUGUCUACUCUGGUAAACAAACCGACAUUUAAUUGCUAA